UGAAACAAACUAAAGAGCAGAUUUUUAUUUAAAUGUCAAAUCAAAGUGACGCGGGCUUUGUGUCUUUGGAAGACGACGAGAGCGAUUCCAAGGUCAUAACAAAGGAAGAUGUUCGUCUUUCAAGACUUAUAAAGCCUUCGCCGCUACAGAAAAGGCUUGAAGAACAUCUCCAAAAAUCACGUAAAGCAAAUGGUUCAAAUGGAAUUAAAGGCCAUUCAAAUGGGGUUUCCUCUUUAAAAAAUGGUACAUUAAAACACAGCAGCAAUUCAGACCAAAGACCAUUAUUCCAACCAGAAUCUGACAGUGAUGAAGAAAUAAAUGUGACACAUUACACCAAGCCACCAAAUGUAUCUGUUACUCAGAAUUCUAAGAAUCUUGCAGAUUGUACACAACAAUUAUUAAAAGAUGGUUACAGACUAGAUGAAAUAUCUGAUGAAGAGGACUUAGAUCUUAUACCACCACGACCAGUGGAGGAUAGAUGUCAGUGUUGUGGAGCUGUGACGUGGCAAGGAUGUGUAAUCUCCUGAAUACUUCACUUUUGCAACCAUGGUUUCCAACAUUAUUUAAGCAAACUGUUGAGUUCAAAUGUUUGUUGAUGGUUAGCAGGCUUUUAGAUUGCCAUCAGUCAUGAUUAAAAUGACAACUGAACAUUGCUGCAGGACAGAUUGAGUCAUGUUUGAGUAUUGCACACACGAAACAUUUCUCUAAUCAGUUUUCAGUAACUAAGAGGCCCUUUUGGAGGCACACUUCUAAGAGGGACAUGUCAAAUAAUCAUUUUGACCCAAAACCGUCCAUAAUAACAGCAUGCGCUCCAUGACACUGCAAUCUAUCAGAGACACCAUGCAAAUCUCUUACAUUUUCCUGUCAUUAUUGCAAUGUUUACGAUGAUUGAUAAAAUGGCAAGUAAAAAGCCCCACUGCCCAUCAAUAUUUGAAUUUUUCAGUUCAUGAAAGACAGUCCCAUUUUGUAACAGACGAAAGAAUUAGUGAACAAAUAUAGUUUUAUAUAUAAUACAGUCUUGUAUUUCAAAUAAAUUGCUGUAUGUAGGUCUUAAAUUAUGCCAUUCAAUAUGUCCAGACAAUUUAUCUCUUGAUUUACUUGCAGUUACAUGUAUGUAUGUCCAGGACAUGCACAGUUUUAUUUAGAAUACAAAGAUCUUAAUUUAAUUCAGGUAAGGAGUCUAUUUAUGGGUACAAGUAAAAUAAUAUAACUUCAACUCAUUAACCUGUGCAUCAUAAGAAGUAAUUCCAUGAUUGCAUCAUAUCAGAAGCUGUUUAUAACGCAGUUGUAAUUUUGUACCUUAUGUUGCUCCAGAAUUCAUCUUAUCUAGUAUUAUCUGUAGAAUGUUCCGAAUGACACAGCUAAUCAGAUUACAUGUUAGUUCUAAUUAGUUCUGCAGGAAUUGGAGCUUAUACCAAAGUUGUUGGUAGCCUGCCAACACAGAUGGAUUUCCAGCUUUUGUUUUACGCUGCCGCAUUUUUCGGUGAAACAAAAGCUGGAAACCCAUCUAUGUUCACAGGCUAAGUUGUCGGGGAACUUGACCAAGUCUAGUGUCACUGAAUUUUUGUAGUUCAUAGAAGAAAUGAAUAAUUUUAACCCACCAGAGGCUAACUUCUGAUGAGAAUGUUUUGUUCCAGAAAAUAUCCAUACCCCUCCCACUUGGAAUUUACAUUAACCUUCCUUGGGGUGUGUAUGGAUAUUUUCUGGAACUACACAUUCUGCUUCGUACUGAACAAGACUGCCAUGUUUACUGGAGAGUACUCUUGUUAAAAAUAAAACUAUUUAGUACUCGUUAUGUUAGUCGGGAUACUGUUUGGAGCCUUCAGACAAGUUACAAGUGUUAUAUUUUUAAUAUCAUUAUGAUUAUUCUUCCUAACUAUACAUACAUGUAUAAACUAGCUACUGUUGCCCAAGUUCGUGAUUAGAGACUGGUUGGGUUUGCCGUUGAUUUUAACAAAAUGGAGCAAUAAAAUUGUAAUUCUUAUGUUCUGGAGCUGCAGAUAAUAAAGCCUGAUUCUCAUGUCUUGAGAAUGCCUUCAAUGUUGUUAGCAGCACUACCUACUGUCUCCAAAACACAAGAAUGUGUUGCAGAAUCACAGUAUUUAAUCCCAGUAUUUAACAGUGUCUUUAUCCUAGGUCUGUGUGGUCUGCGAGCAUGCAUGAGAUUCAUGCUGAUGUGAGUUCAACUUGUCAAGCAUGUUUGUGGUCCUUGUGACAUGCUGGCAGGAAGAAUAUUUUAAUGUAAACAACCAUCUACAUGACUACACAAUGUAGUUGAGGCAGUUUCCUGCUUUGAUAACAACAUCUCAGGCAUUCUGGACAUAUAUGAGGACUGGGCUUAAUUUAAUUCAACUCGCCAGCAAUUCGUGGCAAAAUUGAUUGAUCAUUUUAUGAGACUUAGACCUGUGCUCUUGCAUUUAAACCUAGAUGUUUCCUUUGUUGUCAAUUCAUGCCAUAGUGAUGAUUACGGAUGUUAACAGGAAUGUAAAUGAACACUUAACCAUGAACAUUUUUAUUCACUUGUAGAUAGUGAAUAUUUGGUUAGAAUGGGGAAAUUGUUAUUUAAAAUGAAGUAUUUAAUAAAACAUGUGUGAUACAUUGUCA